AUGGGUAUUAUUAGCUAUCCAGUUGAAAUCACCCUUCGUUUGAUUGGUGCAUGGCCAAAUUCUUCAUGUCGAAUUUUCAAAUAUAUCAUGUGGACAACAGUGAUGUCAACGUUUCUAAUAUUUCAAUAUUCAUAUUGUCUUACUCAUGUUAAAGCGGCCGAUUUAACAGACUUAUUAGACGGGUUAAGCGUUACUUUUUCAAAUACUCUUCUUCUGCUGAAGUUUAUUAUCGUUUGGUUCCACAAACAAACUUUUUCCGAAAUUUUGAUCAUAAUGGCCGAAGACUGGGAUAAUUGUAAAUCUGAAUGGAAUAUGGAAGUAAUGAUGCAGAAAGCUAUUUUAUCCUAUCGCAUUGCGAAGGUUAUGCUUAUAGUGUUUACAUGCAGUAUCUCUCUAUAUGCAGUGACCACCUUUUUCGUUCCUGACAACAUUGAAGCAUCACAUUCUACGGAAAAGAAAUUUCUAUUGAGAAUGGAAUUUCCUUUCGAAGCAACAUUUUCACCAAUAUAUGAAAUCAUUGUGACGAUACAACUUGUCAUACAACCAAUAUUUACUCUAAUGGCAGGGAUGUUUAUGGCUCUUAUUGCAACGUUCGUGCUUCAUGUAGCCAGUCAGAUCGAUAUACUCUGCGAUAGGUUAACAGAGAUUUUAAAUAAUCAUAAUGAAGAGCAUUUACGUAUAACAAUCAUAAAAAAUCUUAUAGCCAAACACCAAAGAAUUAUAACUUUAUCUGAAAAUGUCGAAAGUGUAUUCACUUUGAUAUCUUUGCUACAAUUUUUUUUUAACACUGUAGUGAUCUGCUUUGUGGGCUUUCUUCUUGUAACCAGUGAGGAUAUCGGUUGGACUGUGUACAAUUCCAACUGGUAUCGAUUAAGUAUUCAUGAAACUCGCGCGCUUUUAUUAUUAAUAUUGCGUUCUCAGAAGCCUCUGUAUCUCACAAUUGGGAAAUUUAUGAAUCUUUCUUUAGAGACAUUUGCUAAUAUGUUGAAAGCCUCUGCUUCGUAUGUUUCGGUGUUACAUGCAAUGGAAUAA